AUUCAAUGGAUGAUUCCUGUACAAAAUGUAUGACAAUCUCAGCUCUGAUUGAGAUGUUUACAUCAAUUACACUUACUACGCUGACCUUUUAUUACAACCCUCACUUAAUUUUAGAUACUAAGUUAGGAAUCCUUCUAAUUUACUAUGGAUAUUUAGUCAUCAAUUUAUUGAUAUUGACCAUUCUCAUAGAAAUCAUAUUAAUAUUAGCAACUAUGCCAUUUUUAGGAUUCAAUCAAUCAUUAAGGGUCUUAGCAUUUUCUCAAUCCAGUAAUUAUAUUCACUAUUAAUGAAUGCAGUUUUUGUUUAUUCUUAUAGAUGCUCC